AACUAAAAGUGAAAAAAACACAGGUUCGGCUCGGAUAGGUCAAUGCAUUAGCGGUUUCCCAGAAAUCGACUGUUUAACGUCAAGUCAGUUAUAGAAACGAUAUGGGCGGAUACUGAGGGACAGCAACGUCGUUGUGGUAAAUAAAGACCCGUUCAGUGCAGUGAGUAUCGCGGAGGGAGAGCCUCGUGGCCAACUCUACAUUACAGUCAAGACACUUUUUAAAUAGGGCUACCAAGCAGGAAGAGCUAGAGAGAGCCAGCAUGUCUAACGCCAGACUGAUGCCUUCGCCCAUAUGUUUAGUGGAGAAUGUGAAUGGAUCACUUAGCAUCCGUAAAGAUGCCAUUGAGUUCCUGAGUAGGAUCAAUGAGCCAGUAGUGGUGGUGUCUGUGGUGGGACUCUACCGUACAGGAAAGUCCUAUCUUAUGAAUCGCCUGGCAGGUCAACAGUCAGGCUUUGCUCUUGGCAAUACUAUUGAGUCGAAGACCAAAGGCAUCUGGAUGUGGUGUGUCCCUCACCCCUAUAAAGAAGGACACACUCUAGUGCUGCUGGACACAGAGGGCCUGGGUGAUGUUGACAAGGGAGACUCUAAGAAUGACAGCUGGAUCUUCUGUCUGGCUGUUCUGCUCAGCAGCACAUUGGUGUACAACAGCCGCGGCACCAUCGAUAACAAUGCAGUGGAGAAUCUGCAUUAUGUCGCUGAGCUCGCUGACAAUAUCAAGAUCAGAUCGACAGAAACCGCAGACGAGGAGGAAGAUGAGAAUUCUAAGUUUGUGCAGUUUUUCCCAUCAUUCAUUUGGGUCGUGAGAGAUUUCACCUUGGAAUUGGAAAUUGAUGGAAAAAAAGUGACUGAGGACAAGUACCUUGAAUUUGCCCUCCAGCUGAAGAAAGGUGUGAGCCAGAAAAUCAACAACUACAACCUGCCUCGGCAGUGCAUUCGAAACUAUUUCCCAUCCCGGAACUGUUUCGUAUUCCCAUCUCCAGCAUCGCCUGAAAAUAUGAAACGUUUAGAAAGCUUGCAAGAACGGGACCUUGUACCUGAUUUUCUGGAGGUCACAAGUCGUUUCUGUAACCACAUCUUUUACAAUAGUGUUGUGAAAACCGUGAAGGGAGGACACAGAGUUACUGGAAAAUUACUUGGGCAUUUGGCUGAGAUUUAUGUAGACACAAUCAGCAGUGGUAAAGUGCCCUGUCUGGACAAUGCAGUUAUUGCUCUUGCAAAACUAGAGAACCAGACUGCUGUUCAAGAAGCUCUGAAAGUAUAUCAGAGUGGCAUGGAAAAGGUAAAGAGCAAGUUCCCGGUAGGUGUGGAUGAUAUUUCCUCAGAGCACCAGAGGUUCAGCAGUCUGGCCACCUCUCAGUUUAUGAAACGCUCCUUUAAAGAUGAAAAAGGCGAAUACGUGAAAAAACUGAGUGAAGACAUAGAUAUGUACUAUGUAGGCCUGCUGCAAGAGAAUGAGAUGGCAUCAGACAGAAAGUGCAAAGAUCUGCUGAAGAAUCUGUACUCUGAUAUGAAUAAACAACUGCAGGAGGGAAAGUACAGUCAGUGUGGAGGAUAUGAACUCUACUGCAAAGACAGAGAUGCUAUCGUUGAACAGUAUCGCAGAGAACCCAAUAAAGGUGUUUUGGCUGAGGCUGUGCUGAAUGAGUUCCUGAAUGAGCGAGGACCUGAAGCAAAAAGCAUCCUCUACACGGACACAAAACUCACUGAAAAUGACAGAAAGAUUCAAGAGGAAAAGGAAAGGAGGGGUCUGCUGGAACAGAAGUGUAAAGAGGAAGAGGAGAAACGCAUUGAGAGUGAACGAAUGUUGCAGGCAGAGAAAGAGCGACAGGAGGACCGAAUAAGGCAGAUGGAGGAGAAGUUCAACCAGGAGCUGGAGCAGCAGAAGCAGGAGAUGGAUAGAGCCAUAGCGAGCAAAGUAAAGGAGCAGGAGGAGAUGCUAAAGAAAGGCUUUAGCGAGAAGGCUGAACUCCUAAAUGAAGAGAUAACGAAUCUAAAAAAAGAAAAGGAAAAUUCUGGUGGUUUUAUGAAGGAAUAUGUGAUGCCUCUUCUUGGAGCUGUGACAGAAAUGCUUCCAGCUGUUCUUAAUUAUAGAGUGCUGAUGAAAGGACUCAAAAAAGUAUAAUUACCCCUUUCAUGCAAAUCUCUGUUACAUUAUUCAUAUAGCUUACAAGUCACAAAGUAGAUUUUUAUUUAGUAGGACUGUGUUUUGUUUGUUAAUGAGUAGUGUCCUAAGUUACAUACUUAAUGUACUGUAUACUGUGUAGUCAAAGAAUGGACUGUGUUGCUGAUGAUGGGAAAGUUUUUAGCAAGUAGUAAGACAUACAUGUAUACAAUUAUGUUAUUGUUUAGUAGAUUUCACAUUCUGUCACACUGGUUUUGUUUGGAUGUAAGCAUUGCAUUCUUUUAACAAUUAAAUUCAUUUGAUAAAA